CACACAGGGAAUUUUCCUGAAGGAGGAAAAGGGAAAUUUUCUGUUUACUUUUCGAACAUUACGGUAAGAGAAAAUAAAGUUUGAAAGUCGCAAAUCAUUAUUAGUUCAUAUUUUCGCAAAACGUUUAUGGGGUUUAUUUUUCGAACAUUACGGUUUUGUAUUUAGUUUGUGAUGAAAUGUCUCUUGAAGAUAAAGAAUCUGAAAUUUUAAAGAUUAUAGAAACUCUAACGACUACAGGUCAACGAACUUUGGAUGAUGAUGGAAUGAAAAAAUUAAAGAAGAUUUGCAAGCUAUCAAAUGAUUAUGUCAGUUAUGCUUAUUAUGCUUUGAUGACACAGUUAAGGAAAAAGCAUUCAGAAAUUCGUUACAGUGCUCUUUUGAUCAUGAAUGAGCUGUUCUGUAGAUCUUCUGCAUUCAGGAAAUUACUUGAAGUUGAUUUAGAAGAAUUUCUUCAAUUAGUUGCUGAAACAGACUCAGAAAUUCCUCUGCCUUUGCCUAAGUCUGCAGCAAAGGCAUUAAAGCUUAAAGGAUUGGAAUUUAUGCAGAAAUGGUGUUCAGAAUUUGGGGAGAAAUACACACGUUUGCAGUUGGCUCUUACUUAUCUUAAAAAAUGCAAAAAGGUUGAUUUCAAUAAUAUGGAAGCUCAAAAUGCUGCACAAAGAGAGCAUCAACGACAAGAGCAAGAACGUCUAGAACGAUUACAGAAUGAAAAAGUUAAUGUAGUCAAAGCAGAAAUGAAAGAUCUUUCUGAUGAAAUAUCCAAUUUAGUUAUCCAGAUGGAGAAUUGUUUUCAAUUGUUAAUUCCUCAUCCUGCAGAAUUUUUUUCACCUCUUGAUUUUGAGAAUAAUAAAGUAAAUGAGCAAACUGCCAAGUCUGUGAAUAAUGAUACUGUUGAUAGUAAUAAAUCCAAAGCAGGUACUUCAGGUUCUAAAAAGGACAUAGCUUCUGACUUUCCUGAGAGUUCCUUAAGACAGCAUGGCAUAUAUGAUAUGAAACAAUCUAUUGUUGUUGAAGUUAAUAAUGAAUCUAAAGUUGCAGUGAGAGUUAAUGAGGAUAAUUUACCAGUUGUAGAAAAUUUAAAUGAUAUGCAGAAGCAAAUCACAGCUCGGUACCUUCCAGUUGUGACAAAAUGGUUGAAGAUCCUGACAAAAGGAAGUAAUUGUACAGAUGCACUAAAACAAGCAAUUGAUCUAAAACAGUUGUUGGAGUCAACUCUUGAAAAAUACCAAGAGUUACAACUAAAGCCAAGCACUUCUAAUUUAGAUGAUGAUGAUGAAGAUGAUGAUGAUUUUGAAGAAGUGGAGGAAAAAGAAGGAUAUGAAGCUGUAGUUCGAGAUGAAUAUAAAGCUUCUCAGCCUUCAGAACCUGAGCCUGGUUGUUCAAAAAGCUUAUCUACUGUUGAAAAGGCACACAUGUGGAAACUGAAACAUUCCGAAGAUGAUGUCAAUGAUCCAACUUCUGCUGUUUCAACUCUUAACAGGCUAAAGGAAAAGUAUAAAACUGACUUAAAAAACAUUGACUCCUCCACAAAAAGAACUGCCGAAUCAAACACUCAUAAAGCAGAGUUAUUAGAAAAAGUGCCAGUUUUACCUUAUGACAUUGAUUUGUAUCACUGGGAAGAUGAGAAGCUAAUUGUUCCUGAGGUUGUCAAAUUUGAUUCUCUCCAUAAAUUUUGGGAAACAAAAGAUGAUGACAGUGAGGAGAAUGAAGCUCUUAAAGAAGUUCAAAUAGCAAGCCUUCGAACAAGAAAAAUUGAUUUUAGUGGAAAGUUUGAACCUGUGAAAUGGUCUUGUCGAGCCCCUUUACCCAGUGGAAAGCUGUGUCCACGGAAAGAUAGAUACAAAUGCCCAUUUCAUGGGAAAAUUAUAAAACGAGAUUCACAAGGCAAUCCAGUUGAUAAAGUAAAAAGUACAUCAAGUCCCGCUUCUCAAUCUUCAGCUACAGCUGUUCCUGAUUGGCAAGAUCCUGAGCUUUUACGAGACAUUGAAUCAGCAACUGGACUGAACUUAGAAAUUCCAUGCAAGAAAUCAAAAACUGGAAAGCAGGUAAAAGGAAAACAAGGAAAGAAAAAGUGUGGUUUAACCAACAUUAAUGUUCCUCGGACUAGUGCAAGAGAAAGGUUAACAAAGAAAAUUUUGAAGAGAUAUAAGCAUUAUGCUCCCAAAUUGGAUGAAAUGGAAAGGAAGAAGUUUAAUGACAAAUUUGGUGAUCAGUGGAAUUACUAUUAACCCUCAUAAAUUGUAUACAAUUAUAUUUUUGUAUUGAAUAAAAUCAUUUGGUACAACAUUA